AGAACGAAAAAGCUUGGUAGAGUUAAGAUGGCGGCAUGUGGGUGAGGAGGCUGUAGUUCUAAGCUCGGGAUUUUUUUGUCAUAAAAUAUUUACAUGAAUCCUUACAUAUACAGAUAUCGAGAAAAUAACAUUUCCUACACACUUGACACAUUUGUGUGUUAAUUUGGAUUGGAUCCAUGACAUCCAUACACUUCGUGGUUCACCCGUUGCCCGGGACUGAGGACCAGCUCAAUGACAGACUUCGUGAAGUGUCGGAGAAACUCAACAAAUACAACUUUAACAGUCAUCCACACCUCAACCUGCUGGAGCAGGCCACCUUAAAACAGUGUGUAGUUGGACCAAACCAUGCUGGCUUUCUGCUUGAGGAUGGACGUGUGUGUCGGAUCAGCUUUGCUGUCCAGCCUGAUCGUCUGGAGCUGACCAAACCAGAUGGCAACGAUGGUUCAAAGUUGAGUGGCAGUGGUUCAGGGACAGGAAGGAGCUCCAGGCCAGGCAGGACUAGUGAUCCUCCCUGGUUCCUGUCUGGCUCUGACACACUGGGCAGACUGGCAGGCAACACCCUUGGGAGUCGCUGGAGCUCCGGGGUGAACGGUGGAUCAGGUGGUGGUGGUGGUGGCGGCGGUGGCAGCAGCAGCAGUGUAGGAGGUGCGGGGGGAGGCGGUGUAGGAGGAGCUGUCAGUGGAGGUGGUGGUGGAGGCUCCUCUGGGAGGUCGUCUACAGCUGCCAGGGACUCGAGACGUCAGACCAGGGUGAUCCGCACAGGGAGGGACCGGGGCUCUGGUCUCCUGGGCAGCCAGCCCCAGCCUGUCAUCCCUGCCUCGGUCAUCCCAGAGGAACUCAUCUCCCAGGCUCAGGUGGUCCUUCAGGGGAAGUCUAGGAGUGUGAUCAUCCGGGAGCUCCAGAGGACCAACCUGGAUGUCAACCUGGCCGUCAACAACCUACUGAGCAGAGACGAUGAGGACGGUGACGAUGGCGAUGACACAGCCAGCGAGUCCUACCUCCCUGGAGAGGACCUGAUGUCCUUGCUGGACGCUGACAUCCACUCAGCCCACCCCAGUGUCAUCAUCGAUGCUGACGCCAUGUUCUCUGAGGACAUCAGCUACUUUGGCUACCCCUCCUUCAGACGCUCCUCCCUGUCCCGCCUGGGUUCCUCGCGAGUUCUCCUUCUUCCCUUAGAGCGUGACUCAGAGCUGUUGCGUGAGCGUGAGUCUGUGUUGAGGUUGCGGGAGCGAAGGUGGCUGGAUGGGGCCUCAUUUGACACAGAGAGGGGCUCCACCAGCCGCGAGGGGGAGCCCAGCCUGGACAAGAAGAACAUCCCCGUCCAGAGCCCUGUCUCUCUGGGCGAGGAGCUGCAGUGGUGGCCUGACAAGGAUGGUGUAAAGUUUGUGAGCAUUGGGUCCUUGUUCUCUGAGCUGGUGGCAGUGAGCUCUAAGGGGGAACUCUACCAGUGGAAGUGGAGUGAACCAGAACCAUACAGAAACACACAGAACCCUUCUAUCCGCCACCCCCGAGUGUCCUUCCUGGGCCUGACCAAUGAGAAGAUCACCCUGCUGUCUGCUAACAGCAUCAGAGCCACCGUGGCCACGGAGACCAAUAAGGUGGCGACCUGGAUGGAUGACACCUUGAGCAGCGUGGCGUCCAAGCUGGAACACAGUGCCCAGGCCUACCCUGAGCUGCAGGGGGAGCGCAUUGUGUCUUUGCACUGCUGUGCCCUCUACACCUGCGCCCAGUUGGAGAGCAGCCUGUACUGGUGGGGUGUGGUGCCUUUUAGUCAACGGAAAAAGAUGCUUGAAAAGGCUAGAGCCAAGAACAAGAAGCCAAAGUCGAGUGCCGGCAUCUCCUCAAUACCCAACAUCACCGUGGGAACGCAGGUGUGCCUGAGGAAUAACCCCCUCUACCACGCCGGUGCCGUUGCCUUUUCUGUUAACGCUGGGAUCCCCAAGGUGGGACUGCUCCUCGAGUCUGUCUGGAACAUGAACGAUAGCUGCAGGUUCCAGCUGCGAUCACCAGAGAGCCUCAAGAACAUGGACAAGACCAUCAAGACACAGGAGAUCAAAACGGAGAGCAAGCCGGAGUUGGUAAAGACUGAGAUGGGCCCCCCUCCUUCCCCAGCCUCCACCUGCAGUGACACCUCCUCCAUCGCUAGCAGUGCCUCGCUGCCCUACAAACGAAGACGCUCGACCCCGGCUCCCAAAGAGGAGGAGAAGGUGAACGAGGAGCAGUGGCCUCUUCGGGAAGUGGUGUUUGUGGAGGAUGUUAAAAACGUCCCUGUGGGAAAGGUGCUGAAAGUGGACGGUGCGUAUGUAGCUGUGAAGUUUCCAGGGACGUCAAGCAGCGUGAGCACACAGCCGAGUCAGACGAGUGCUCCAGCUCCCAUCACUGACUCUGACCCCUCCUCACUGCUGCAGGACUGUAGGCUGCUCAGAAUAGAUGAGUUACAGGUGGUAAAAACUGGUGGAACUCCUAAAGUUCCAGAUUGCUUCCAGCGUACACCUAAAAAACUCUGCAUCCCAGAGAAGGCUGAGAUUCUGGCUGUGAAUGUUGACUCCAAAGGAGUUCACGCAGUGCUGAAGACUGGUAACUGGGUGAGGUACUGUAUCUUUGACCUGGCCACAGGCAAAGCAGAGCAGGAGAAUAACUUCCCCACCAGUAACCUGGCCUUCCUGGGGCAGAGUGAACGCAAUGUAGCGAUCUUCACCGCCGGACAGGACUCUCCAGUCAUCCUUCGGGAUGGAAACGGCACAAUUUACCCAAUGGCCAAAGACUGUAUGGGCGGGAUCCGAGACCCUGAGUGGUUGGACCUGCCGCCCAUCGCCAGCCUGGGCAUGGGGGUACACUCCUUGGCCAACCUCCCAACCAACUCAACCAUCAAGAAGAAAGCUGCUAUUAUCAUAUUAGCUGUGGAGAAGCAGACGUUGAUGCAGCACGUGCUGCGUUGUGACUUUGAUGCCUGUCGUCAGUACCUGGUCAACCUGGAGCAGGCUGUUCUCCUGGAGCAGAGUCCCCACGUUCUCCACUCCUUCCUGGGCCACCGCUGCGACGGCAACCGCAACAUCCUCCACGCCUGCGUCUCCGUCUGCUUCCCCGUCAGCAACAAGGAGACCAAGGAGGAGGAAGAAGCUGAACGGUCUGAGAGGAAUACGUUUGCAGAGAGACUGUCAGCAGUGGAGGCCAUCGCCAAUGCAAUCUCCGUGGUGUCUAGCAACAGCUCUGGGAACAGGACGGGCUCUUCUAGCAGCAGAGGGCUGCGUCUGAGGGAGAUGAUGAGGCGCUCUCUGAGAGCAGCGGGACUUGGCCGUCACGAGUCUGGCCCCUCCUCCAGCGACCACCAGGACCCUGUGUCCCCACCUAUCGCCCCUCCCAGCUGGGUGCCUGACCCCCCUCCCAUGGACCCAGAUGGUGACAUAGACUUCAUCCUGGCCCCUGCAGUGGGAUCUCUCACCACAGCCUCAACAGGGACCAGCCAGGGCCCCAGCACCUCCACUAUACCAGGCCCCUCCUCUGAGCCUUCAGUGGUGGAGUCUAAAGACCGCAAGGCCAACGCCCACCUCAUCCUCAAACUGAUGUGUGACAGCAUGGUUCUCAGGCCACACCUCCGCGAGCUGCUAUCCGCCAAGGAUGCCCGUGGAAUGACCCCGUUCAUGCUGGCAGUCAGCGGGAGAGCUUACCCAGCUGCCAUUACUGUUCUGGAGGCUGCUCAGAAAAUGGCCAAGGUGGGAGACCCCAGCAUGACUGAGAAGGUGGAAGCAGACUCUGUGUUCAUGGAGAUGAUUUGUCCCACGGGGACCAACCCUGACGACUCUCCUCUCUACGUCCUCUGCUGCAAUGACACCUGCAGCUUCACCUGGACAGGAGCUGAACACAUCAACCAGGAUAUCUUUGAGUGCCGGACCUGCGGCCUGUUGGAGUCUCUCUGCUGCUGCACUGAGUGCGCCAGGGUGUGUCACAAAGGACACGACUGCAAACUCAAGAGGACCUCUCCCACUGCGUACUGUGACUGCUGGGAGAAGUGUAAGUGUAAGACGCUAAUUGCUGGACAGAAAGCUGCUCGCCUGGACCUACUGUACAGACUGCUCACCACCACUAACCUGGUCACCAGUCCAAACAGCCGGGGGGAGCAUAUCCUUCUGUUCCUGGUGCAGACUGUUGCUCGGCAGAGUGUGGAGCACUGCCAAUACCGGCCCCCUCGCAUCAGAGAGGACAGGAACCGCAAGGCUGCCAAUGCUGAAGACUCUGACAUGCCGGACCAUGACCUGGAACCUCCACGCUUCGCCCAGCUGGCCCUGGAGAGGGUGCUGCAGGACUGGAAUGCUCUCAAGUCCAUGAUAAUGUUCGGAUCCCAGGAGAAUAAAGACCCGUUGAGUGCCAGCAGCCGUAUCGCCCAUCUCCUUCCGGAGGAGCAGGUGUACCUGAACCAGCAGAGUGGCACCAUCCGCCUGGACUGCUUCACACACUGUCUCAUUGUCAAGUGUGCCCCUGACAUUACAUUUAUUGACACCCUACUGGGGACCUUGGUGAAAGAGCUGCAGAACAAGUACACUCCUGGCCGGAGAGAGGAGGCCGUCGUCGUCACCAGGAGGUUCCUGCGCUCCGUGGCCAGGGUGUUUGUCAUCCUCAGCGUCGAGAUGGCUUCAUCCAAAAAGAAAAAUAACUUCAUCCCCCAGCCCAUUGGGAAGUGCAGGCGUGUGUUCCAGGCCCUGCUGCCCUAUGCGGUGGAGGAGCUGUGCAACGUGGCGGAGUCUCUCAUCGUGCCUGUGAGGAUGGGCAUUGCCCGGCCCACUGCCCCCUUCACCCUGGCCAGCACCAGCAUCGACGCCGUGCAGGGCAGCGAGGAACUCUUCUCUGUGGAACCCUUGCCACCGAGACCCUCCCCAGACCAGUCCAGCAAUUCUAGUCAGACUGCAUCGUCCUACAUCAUCAGGAACCCCCAGCCUCGCCGCAGCAGCCAGUCCCAGCCGGUCAGAGGGCGAGACGAGGAGCAGGAUGACAUUGUGUCUGCUGACGUUGAAGAGGUAGAGGUUGUCGAGGGCGUUGCCGGGGAGGAGGAUCACCAUGAAGACCAAGAGGAACAGGGAGAGGAGAACGCUGAGGCAGAGGGACAGCAUGAUGAACAUGAUGAGGAUGGAAGCGACAUGGAGUUGGAUCUGCUGGCUGCUGCGGAGACGGAGAGUGACAGCGAGAGUAACCAUAGCAACCAGGACAAUGCCAGCGGUCGGAGGAGUGUUGUCACCGCAGCAACUGCCGGCUCUGAAGCAGGUGCCAGCAGUGUCCCUGCCUUCUUUUCAGAGGACGACUCCCAGUCCAACGACUCGAGCGACUCGGACAGCAGCAGCAGCCAGAGCGACGACGUGGACCAGGAGACCUUCCUUUUGGAUGAGCCUUUGGAGAGGACCACCACCGCCUCGCACGUCAACAGUGCUGCCCAGGCGCCACGCUCCAUGCAGUGGGCUGUACGUAACACCCCCAGCCAGAGAGCCACGGGCAGCGCCCCCUCCAGCUCCUCCACCCCCGCUGCAGCGAGCUCCACAGGUCUGAUCUACAUCGACCCGUCCAACCUGCGGCGCAGCAGUGCCAUCAGCACUAGCGCGGCCGCUGCUGCUGCAGCUCUGGAGGCCUCCAACUCGUCCAGCUACCUGACGUCAGCCUCCAGCUUAGCCCGGGCCUACAGCAUCGUCAUCAGACAGAUCUCUGACCUGAUGAGCCUCAUCCCCAAGUACAACCAUCUGGUCUACUCCCAGUACCCUGCUGCAGUCAAACUCACCUACCAGGAUGCUGUCAACCUGCAGAACUUUGUUGAGGAGAAGCUGAUCCCUACGUGGAACUGGAUGGUGUCCAUCAUGGACUCUACAGAGGCUCAGCUGCGUUACGGCUCGGCCCUGUCCUCAGCAGGUGACCCCGGUCACCCAUCCCACCCCCUCCACGCCUCGCAGCACUCUGCCCGCAGGGAGCGCAUGACCGCCCGCGAGGAAGCCAGCCUCCGCACCUUGGAGGGACGCAGGUCUGGACGUGCUGCCACUCUGCUGACAGUGCGUCAAGGGAUGAUGUCAGCACGGGGAGACUUCCUGAACUACGCCCUGUCUCUGAUGCGUUCCCAUAAUGACGAGCACUCUGACGUUCUGCCUGUGCUGGAUGUGUGUUCUCUCAAACACGUGGCCUACGUCUUCCAGGCCCUCAUCUACUGGAUCAAAGCCAUGAACCAGCAGACAACUCUGGACACAACACAGAUGGACCGCAAGAGGAGCCGAGAGAUUCUGGAACUGGGACUGGACAAUGAAGAUUCUGAACAUGAGAAUGAUGAGGACACCAAUCAAAGUUCCACGCUCCAGGAUAAGGAGGAUGACACGGUCCCUGCUGAGAUGGGACAGAACCACCCAUUCUUCCGGCGCUCUGACUCCAUGACCUUCUUGGGCUGUAUCCCCCCCAACCCCUUCGAGGUCCCCCUGGCUGAGGCCAUCCCCCUGGCAGACCAGCCUCACCUCUUGCAGCCAAAUGCAAGGAAGGAGGAUCUGUUUGGCCGUCCUAGUCAGGGCCUGUACUCGUCCUCGUACACAGCAAGCAAAGGCCUGGCCGAGGCCACCCUGGACCGCAGCUGCAUGGAGGUUAACAUGGGCUCCUCUCAGAUCCUACCCACUAAGAUGUCCUACUCCGCCAACUUGAAGAACGUGAUGAGUAUGGAGACUAGUCAGCGCGGCCGAGAGGACCAGCCCAUGGACCAGGAGCUAGUGGCUCCAAAGCCAGGCCCCUCACCCCACGACCUAGCUGCCCAGCUGAAGAGCAGCCUCCUGGCUGAAAUAGGUCUCACUGAGAGUGAUGGCCCCCCGCUCCCUUCCUUUAGACCCCACUGUAGUUUCAUGGGGAUGGUGAUAUCCCAUGACAUGCUGCUGGGCCGCUGGCGUCUGUCUCUGGAGCUGUUCGGGCGCGUCUUCAUGGAGGAUGUUGGAGCAGAGCCUGGAUCGAUUCUGACCGAGCUGGGGGGUUUUGAGGUGAAGGAGUCGAAGUUCCGCCGGGAGAUGGAGAAACUCCGUAACCUCCAGUCCCGUGACCUGGCCCUGGAGGUGGACCGUGAUCGUGACCAGUUGAUCCAGCAGACCAUGAGGCAGCUCAACACCCACUUUGGACGGCGCUGCACCACCACACCCAUGGCUGUGCACCGCGUCAAGGUCACCUUCAAGGACGAGCCGGGCGAGGGUAGUGGCGUGGCCCGUAGCUUCUACACGGCCAUCGCCCUGGCCUUCCUGUCCAAUGACAAGCUGCCCAACCUGGACUGUGUGCAGAGCGUCAGCAAGGGCAUGCAGGCCAGCAGUACGUGUCAUCACGAUUACAACUCAAGUAUGACAUUGAAUCUGAUGCAGCGGCUGAGGAACAGAGACCGGGAGAGGGAGCGGAGGAGUGGAGGGCUCCGAGCCGGCUCUAGGAGAGACCGAGACAGCUCCCGUUUGGCUAAUGUCUCUUCUACCAACCUUGAUCGCGGUUCCCGCAGCACUGACAGCUGUGUUGACAUGACAACUGGGUCGGAGUUCCGAACCUUCAAAUGGAUCAUGGACUCGAGGAGACAGCUGUCCAUUGACACCCGGCCCUUCAGGCCAGCCUCGGAGGGAAACCCCAGUGAUGAACCUGACCCCCUGCCUGCCCACAGACAGGCCCUGGGAGAGAGGCUGUACCCCCGCGUCCACGCUAUGCAGCCGGCGUUUGCCAGUAAGAUCACUGGGAUGCUGCUGGAGCUCUCCCCAGCCCAGCUGCUGUUGCUCCUGGCCAGUGAGGACUCUCUCAGGGCCAGGGUGGAGGAGGCCAUGGAGCUGCUCAUUGCACAUGGAAGGGAAAAUGGUGCUGACAGCAUACUGGACCUGGGUCUCCUGGAGGCUCCUGAGAAAGCACAGCAGCAGGAGAACCGUAAGCGUCAUGGCUCCACGCGCAGUGUGGUGGACAUGGAGCUGGACGACCCUGAAGACGGAGAUGACAACGCUCCCCUGUUCUACCAGCCCGGGAAGAGAGGCUUCUACUCUCCCCGGCCCGGCAAGAACACUGAGGCCAGGCUCAACUGCUUCAGGAACAUCGGCAGAAUACUAGGGCUGUGUCUGCUGCAGAAUGAGCUCUGUCCAAUUACUUUGAACAGACAUGUCAUCAAGGUGCUGCUCGGCAGAAAGGUGAACUGGCAUGACUUUGCCUUCUUUGACCCGGUAAUGUACGAGAGCCUGCGGCAGUUGAUCCGUCACUCUCAGGCUGGAGAGGCGGACGCUGUGUUUGCAGCCAUGGACCUGGCCUUUGCCAUAGACCUGUGUAAGGAGGAAGGGGCUGGACAGGUGGAGCUGCUGUCAGGUGGGGUCAACAUGCCUGUGACUCCUCUCAACGUUUACGAAUAUGUGAGAAAGUACGCCGAACACAGGAUGCUGGUGGUUGCCGAGCAACCUCUUCAUGCAAUGAGGAAGGGUCUGUUGGAUGUCCUUCCUAAGAACGCCCUGGAGGACUUGACAGCUGAGGACUUCAGGCUGCUGGUCAAUGGCUGUGGAGAGGUCAACGUGCAGAUGCUCAUCAGCUUCACUUCCUUCAAUGAUGAAUCUGGUACAAAGACCUUGGCCCGUAUUCACAAAGAAUCUCAGAGGGAAAAUGCUGAUAAGUUGUUGCAGUUCAAACGCUGGUUUUGGUCCAUUGUGGAGAAGAUGAGCAUGACUGAGAGGCAAGAUCUGGUGUACUUCUGGACCUCCAGUCCGUCUUUGCCAGCCAGUGAGGAAGGCUUCCAGCCCAUGCCCUCCAUCACCAUCAGGCCUCCGGAUGACCAGCACCUGCCCACGGCCAACACCUGCAUCUCGCGUCUCUACGUGCCACUCUACUCCUCCAAACAGAUUCUAAAACAGAAACUCUUACUAGCCAUUAAGACCAAGAACUUUGGUUUUGUGUAGAGGUUGACAAACAUGUUUACCUGUUGUGUAAUAUUUACCUAGUUCCAUUUUUGUAGAUUUGUUUUUUGUCUAUACAAUUUUAUGGAAAUCGAAGAAAAUACAAAAAUGCUGUCGCUCCCCUGGCGGUUAUUUUGUUUGUGUUGUGAACACAGACGGCUUGUUCUUAUUUUAUUUUAUUAUUAUUUUUUAGUUCUGAAGGUAAUAUACAUUCCUGCAUUGGCUUUGUAAAGUUGAAGCCCUCUGCUCUAUUGGCUUAAACCUUUUACUUCCCAGGAAUUUGGCUUGACAGCAAACUGUGUGCCGAAGCUCAGCCAAAGAGGACCGCAGUAGAAGUAUUUAAAAAGUAAAAGUAUAAUAAAUAAAAAAACACUGUGAUUAUGAUUUUGUUCCUUGCCCUAAACAGAAUACUUACUAUCACUGACAGUUUGCUGCUGCCUUGGUGGAAAGUUAUUAUUUUUCUUGUAUAAGGGGAGUAGGGAAUUUCAAAAUAAACUUGGAUGCAAAUUA